AAAUGAAAAAUCCUUCUUCUCUCUCUAUCUAGAAGUGAAAACUGUGAUAUUUAACUUUCUCUCUCUAAGAAAAAAAAAAUCAUUACAUACACUAACACUGUAUAUAUAUAUAUUACAAAACCCUAGCAAAUUCUCCGUUAACUCCGUCGACGAUCGGACUCCAUGUCGAUAACGGCGAGAGUAAACGGAGCUCCGAUGAACUAACCGGCGCGUGUAAUUUACUCUUUUGAAAUUCGAAGUUUCUUCUAGAAGUUUCUUGAAAUGUAUAAAAACCAGUUACAAGAGUUAGCACAAAGGAGUUGUUUCAAUUUGCCUUCAUAUACUUGUAUAAGAGAAGGUCCGGAUCACGCGCCUAGGUUUAAAGCUACGGUUAAUUUCAAUGGUGAAGUAUUUGAGAGUCCAAAUUACUGUUCUACCCUUCGACAAGCUGAGCAUUCUGCUGCUGAGGUGGCGUUAAAUUCGCUUGCGAAUCGCGGUCCUUCUAAUUCGCUUGCUGCUAGAAUUUUGGAUGAGACGGGGGUAUAUAAGAAUCUUUUACAGGAAGUUUCUCAAAGAGUAGGAGCAUCAUUGCCAGCAUAUACAACAUUUAGAUCUGGUCUAGGACACCUUCCUGUCUUUACCUGCACAGUAGAAUUGGCAGGCGUCACAUUUACUGGUGAACCAGCGAAGAAUAAGAAGCAAGCUGAAAAGAAUGCAGCUAUGGCAGCUUGGUCGUCUCUGAAAUUAUUGGCACAGCAGUCUGAAAGUUCAAGACCAGACCGAGUAAGAAAUGAUGAGCAAGAGCAUGUAACUGUUGCACGUGCACUACAAAAGUACAUUAUGAAGGCAAGGUUGGCUAGAGCAUCAUUCCCAAUUAAAUUUCCAACACCUAAUCCAAGACCAUCAAGUGUACAGCAGCUUCCAUCUACUACAUCAAAACUUCUUCCCCUAAUAUGUCCAAGAACGGUUCCUCGUAGUAGACCGGUCAGUCCGUUAUGUCUAAAACCUUCUUCUCAAAGUAGAUCCAUUGAUACUACUGGAAGCGACGCACCAUUGAGUCCAAGGACUGCUCAAACAAUAAAUAAUAUUAUAAAUGACAGCUUCUCUAUGGAUAGUCACAGGUUUAGACCGGAGAAGUUCCCUGCUGCUGGUGCAGCACCAUAUAUUCCUGUCGGGCAUUUUGGCUCGCACCAUCGGAUGGCUCCUCCGGUGACCAUACGGAAUUCAAUUCCUGUUUUUUCUGCGCCGCCACCACCUCAAUCAUCUCAGUCUGCAAGGAUGAUAAGGCCUCCAGGUAUGAGAGUGGCUCCACCUGUCUGUAUAAGGCAGGCAGUGCCGGUUUAUGCUGCACCCCCUGUUCGGGCUGCGGAGCUCCCCACAUUAGAUACAGCACUUCAAGUAAAGGAGCCUACCUUUUCUAAAGCUCCACCUGUUCAAGUCGAAGAACCACUAGCUUCAAAGGCACCUGAAAUUCAGGUACAUGAAAUACCAACUUGUAAAGCAGUAUCAGGCAAGGCAGAAUUGCCACAUGACCAUUCUGAAGAGCAACCAUUUGCUCAAGUUCAACCGACUAAGAGAGAGGAGCCUAUUGACUUGGAAGUUUCAAGGAGCACGACAAGGCCAGUGGAAGCGACCGAGAUUGCAACUGAGGAGAAGCUACAUGAGUCUCAGGAAAUUGAGAAGUUGAAACAACUGAAGAUUUGAUGUGAUGUGAUGUCGGGUAUGGCAUGUUUUGAACUGCCGAACUCUUCAAUAGGGGCUUUUGUUCUGGCUUUCUGGGAUUUAAUUUGUAGUUUAUGUAGUCUUAAAUAUAUAAGUUCCUUUCACAUUUUUCAUUUGGAAUAGUUUUAUUGAGAUAGCUGUAGCUGCCUUUUACCGCUGUU